ACAAUACACAACAGAGAUGUGAGCUGAGAUUUAUAUUUAAAAAGCUCAAGACUCUUCAAUUGUUCAGUGUUUUUUUUUGCUGCUAACGUUAGCUAGUGAGCUAAGCUAAGAUUAUAAAGACAGUUUAAACACGGUGUACAGUGCGAUAGAGGAGGCUGACUUUCUUGCCAUCGAUGGAGAAUUUUCAGGGAUAAGCGACGGUCCUAAUGUCAGUGCACUCACCAACGGGCUGGACACACCGGAGGAGCGAUACACGAAGCUGAAAAAGCACUCCAUGGACUUUCUGCUGUUCCAGUUCGGAUUAUGCACAUUCAAGUACGACCAGACAAAGUCAAAGUAUAUCAUAAAGCCUUUUAAUUUUUAUGUAUUCCCAAAACCGUUCAACAGGACGUCCCCUGACAUAAAGUUCAUCUGUCAAAGUUCCAGUAUUGACUUCUUGGCCAGUCAGGGAUUUGACUUCAACAAGGUGUUUUGUAAUGGAAUCCCGUACCUAAAUCAAGAAGAGGAAGCCCAGCUGAGGGAGCAGACAGAGGAGAGGAGAAAUCAACAUGCUAAUGGUGUAGGGACCCCGUCUUACAUCUCACCAUCCUCCAAAGGCCCUGCACACGUACCUGAGGAACAUAAAGACUUCAUCAACAGGGUUAUAGAGAAGGUUGAGGCCCUCUUCACUAACUCCGAGAAGACUUUGGACUUGGAGCCAUGUACCGGGUUUCAGAGAAAGCUGAUAUACCAGACGCUGAACUGGAAAUUUCCCAAGGGGCUUCACGUGGAAACCAUUGAAACAGAAAAGAAGGAGCGAUACAUCCAGGUCAGCAAAGUAGAUGACGAGGAGAGGAAGAGGAGGGAACAGCAGAAACUGGAGAGAGAGCAGGAGGAGCUAAAUGAUGCUGUUGGUUUCUCCAGGGUAAUCCAUGCCAUCUCUAAAUCUGGUAAACUUGUGGUUGGCCACAACAUGCUGUUGGAUGUGAUGCACACCAUCCACCAGUUUUACUGCCCUCUGCCAGAGGAUCUUCAAGACUUUAAAGAGGUCACAAUGUGUGUUUUCCCGAGACUUUUGGACACAAAGUUGAUGGCUUCCACUCAGCCUUUUAAGGAGAUGAUUACUAACACCUCUCUGGCAGAAUUGGAGAAACAGCUAAAGGAGGGCCCCUUCAAGUCACCACAAGUUGAAACGGCAGAGGGGUUCCACAGUUACGACACAGCCCAGGAACAGCUCCACGAGGCCGGCUACGACGCCUACAUCACUGGCCUCUGUUUCGUCUCCAUGGCCAACUACCUUGGCUCUUUCUUGACUCCACCCAAAGCGUACAUCUCUGCCCGCUCCAAGCUAGUCGAGCCUUUCUUCAACAAGCUUUUCCUGAUGAGGAUAAUAGAUAUCCCCUACCUCAACAUCACAGGACCAGAUUUGCAACCUAAAAGAGACCAUGUCCUGUAUGUCACCUUCCCAAAAGAAUGGAAGACUAGUGACCUCUACCAGCUGUUUAGUGCCUUUGGAAACAUCCAGGUUUCAUGGAUAGACGACACAUCAGCAUUUGUGUCUCUAAGUCAAACAGACCAGGUGCAAAUAGCUAUGAACACCAGCCGCUAUGCAGAGAGUUACAGGAUCCAGACAUAUGCAGAGUACAUCCAGGGUAAGCAGCAGGACAAGGAGAAGCUCGGCCAGACAGCCAAAACCUGGGGAGAUGAUGGCUGGGUCAAAUCUCACUACACCUCUUCCACUACUUCUGGAAGUUUUGGAUAUCCCAGGGGUUUGAGGAAACGCAGCAUCAGUCCCGUUCAGGGAGAGCAGGGGACUGGAGAGGCUCCAAUUACAGAUGGUUGGAGUCACUACUCCUAUCCGGAUAGCACCGGCAGCAAGAAGAUGAAAACUGAUGACAUAAGUGGACAGGCAAAUGCAGAAGCUGUCGAGAGCAAGACCUCAGAAGGAUGGUUAAAGACAGCAGAUUCAUCAGAUUCUGCAGGGUUAAGUCCGAUCCCUGAUGAGGAGGAGGAAGAGGAGGAAAGUUCUGAGGGCACAAAUCCAGCUAAUGAUGCUGAGGGAACAGUCACCUGGCAACAAGCCACGAGGAAAGGUCAAAAGAACAAGAAAAAGAAGUCUAAAGAUUCUGGAUCUAAAACGUCCCUGUUUGAGGUCCCAGAGGUCUGGUAGCGAGAGGUGAGGAGUGGAGAGGCCACUGUCCCACACUGAGCGGAGUCUCUUCGUAAGCACUUCGGGCGCUCUCCAGUAAAGUUGUAUCACUGGGAGUGGUGCACGCCCUAAAUUCAUUCGUUCACUCAACAGCUGUGGAUACCGUGUCCAGAGCUACCAGCCAAGCCACUUGACUGGACUAUUGAAAGAGAGGAAGGACACAAGCCAUAACAACAGCUGCCAUAUUUUGAUCUUGUACCAGAGGAGCAGGCAACUCUUCCGGGUAAACACGCACACACACUAGAAUCUUAAAAUCUAAACUCCAGAAAUAUUAUUUUAUUCUCAUGUGUUCAGACUGGAAUCUGCUAUCACAGCCAUGCUAUCACUUUGAAAUCAUUCAUCAGUUUUAAUGACGGUCACCUCCAAUCAGUCUUAUAUUUUGAGUGUGGGUUAUGUGUGUGGGUUUGUGCAUGUGAGGGAGAUGUACAUUUUCUCCAGUCUUUGUAUCCCUGUGACUUCGUUUCAUAAUUUGUGAGAUAAAAUGCCACUUGACAGGACCUGUAGUUUACAAUGUCUGGGUUAUUUAGUAUUUUAAUGCAGUCAAAUAUAUUUUGCCAUUUUAAGAAAAAGGAAAAAAAGAAAUCAUUCUGUCAACUUCCCCAGUUUUAUCAAACAUAUAUAAGCUUAUCAAUGAUAAUGUGAUGUUUAUUAUUGGUGACAUUUCGAUCCUUCAUGAGAGGUGCUUGUUUUUUGUACAGAGUUGUUUUUCUUUACCUUUUUUGUGUUUAAUGUUUUGUAACUGUGUCAACCUGCAACAAUGUCAAAAGUGUGUUUAAAAUGCAAAAGGUGUAAACGUUAAGAUGACGUAUACAUUUUUGUAUAAGAUCUGUUUAAAAAAUCCUUAAAUAUUUCCUUGGAAAGGGAAACAAUUAAAGAAUGUUUCUUAGUA